AUGGCAACUGGUCAGACGAUUCAAGUCACGUUACUAUUCGUGGUGUUUUUCAUCGUGGUAACGCUUUAUCGGUCUUUGACAGUGGUUUUGCCUCGGUACUUUUACGUUCCCUUUAACGGAUGGAAGAAGCACGUACAAGCAGCGGUUGAGAAGGCUUCCAAACUGGACAAACCGUGCGUUUUACCUCGGUCAAAAUUUGCCACUAGAUUUGGAACUAUUAGGCGACGCCUUGUUCUGGCGAGUAAGGAGCCAAUUCUGUAUUCUACAGUACCUUUGAACACACACAAAGAUACUGCGUCUGGAGACAUCAAGUACUCGCAGGUGUUGAGAAUUCCACAGGUGGAUCGGAUACCUGAGACCCGGGCUUCGGAGUUUCUGCUUGAUGUUAACCCUAAGGUUCCAACUGAUGAGUCUCGGAAGAAGAUAUUUGGAUUUUUCCAUCCGUAUUCAGAUGCCUCUGGUGGUGGAGAGAGGGUUCUAUGGGAAGCAGUUCGGGACACACUCGCCAAAUCAGAAAAGAAUAUUGCUGCCGUGUACACUUUCACACUUUCCGAUAACACAUCUGUUUCGUCUAUUCUGGCUUCUGUGAAAUCCAACUUUGGUUUGGAUUUCACCGAGUACGAGAAAAAUCUGAUUUUCUUGCAAUUACCCAACACCAAGAGAUGGGUCAUAGACGGGUCCAAAUGGAAGCAUUUCACGCUCAUAGCGCAAUCCCUGGCAUCUGUAUAUGUGUCUAUACUAGCCGUUUCAGCGCUUCCGCCAGAUGUCUGGGUUGAUACCAUGGGGUUCCCUUUCACGUAUACAUGGAUCUCGUUCUGUCUCAAAGUGCCGGUGGUUUCAUAUGUUCAUUAUCCGUUGAUCUCAUCAGACAUGCUUGGGAAGCUGAAUACCGCUUCGCUCAUAGGCUCACUGAAAUAUGUUUACUGGACUGCUAUCCUGUGGAUAUAUGCUGUGGCAGGCUCAUACUGUGACAUUGUUCUGUGUAAUUCGACCUGGACAAAAAAUCACAUUUCCAAGGUCUGGAGCUUCAACACCUCUGCCCCGGUAAUCUGCUAUCCACCAAUUGGCUCCAAGGUCAAUUCGGGUGGCACUCGUGAGAAAGUGAUCGUUUGCAUUGCUCAAUUCAGACCAGAGAAGAGACACUCUCUGAUCCUGGAGGAAUUUUCAAAGUAUUUGAAGAAAACAGAUUCGUUGACGCCAUACAAGCUCGUGCUAGUGGGGUCUGUUCGAGACGAUAACGACAAGCAGGCUGUUGAAGACCUUAAGAAGCUUGCUGCCAAAUAUCAGAUUUCGCACCUCGUUGAGCUGCGUUUGAACGUGAAACACUCAGAAUUACAGCAAUUGCUAGCUAGUGCGGAGGUCGGCUUGAAUGCGAUGUGGAAUGAGCAUUUUGGAAUCACUGUUGUUGAAUAUCUAUUCAACGGUUUGGUGCCUGUGGUUCAUGCCAGUGCUGGUCCAAAACUCGACAUCUGUGUUCCGUGGAACGGCGAAGAACUGCCAAUUAACGAAGCAACUGACUCCAAUGCCACUGGAAUUUUCUUCACAUCGGAAGAUGAUCCAGACUACGCAAAGAUCAACAAUGGAGUCACUCUGAGUGAUGCUCUCGUGUUGGCGGAGACCAUGGACCCAACUACCAGGGAUGCAAUGCUUCAAAGAGAACGCGAGUUGGCUCUGGCCAAGUUUGGCGAGACCGCGUUCCGCUCCAAAUGGAACGAUGUAAUUGAUGCGAGUUUGGCAAUUGAGCAGGUCAAGAGGUCUUCACGUGGAGAUGUCGAGAAGGUGUAUUGA